AUGCCAACAUCGUUAUAUAGUAGUAAUCCACCCAUCAUGUCAUCCAAUCCCAACGAAGACAGCUUUUUCUUCGAAGAGCCGCUGUCACCCUCAAACAUUAUUUUCCCACCCGAGAUACUCGAUCCUUCAUAUCUACUCAACGUACAUCAAUCUUCUUCAUUGAAGAACAAUAACAAUCGACAUUCACCUUCAAUCUCAAUGACAAGUGAUCAUUCAAUUCCAAAUCCAAAUCCAAAUCCAAAUCCAAAUCCAAAUGGAAACGGAAACGGACUUUCUCCUUUAAUUUAUCAACAAGCUUUCAGUGUCAAUGGAUCGUCUUCAUCUAGAUUACCUUCUUUGUCACCUUCAAAUCAAUCAAUGCAUUUAUCGUCUUCAUCAAAUUCAUAUGGUCAUGGUUCACCAAGAUCAUCCAGUUCACCAAGUUCAAACUCAGUCUUCUCCUUAGCUGGUGCAACAGACGAUUUCUCAUUUAUCAACAGUUUCGAUUCGACUGAAUUAGACGUCUUAUUCCAAUCUGAAGAUGGUAAAGACCUCCUCUCUCAUAAUUUGGCUCAAGGUUCAAGUCAAAAUCAACUUUAUGAUCAAAAUUCAAGUAAUUCGAAUAAAUCAGGUCAAUCAUUAUUCCUACCUAAUUACACUUUAAAUCAACAAGAUCAACAACAGUCAAAUCCGUUUGAUGGUAACCUAGAUUUCCUGCAGUCUCUAUUGAAUAUCAACACCAAUUCAAUAUCUUCUACAAAUGACGAUACAUUUGAUAUGUUAAAUCUAGAUUCGCCUGCUGUGAAUGGUAGAAAACAAUCAUCGUCUAAUAAUAUAAACAACGACAACGGAUUCCCAAUGAAUUUCGAUUUCGCUCAACAAGCAAAAGCUAUUGGAAACAUGUCGCAACAACAGGUCGUUCAACCACAAUGGGUCAAACAGGAACAGCAGCCAACUCAACAACUUAGACAGCAGUCCUGGUCCGUAGAUCAACCAAAUGGCCUGAAUUCCAAGCCUUUGAAUCACUCGCAAAUGAACAGUGCAGGAUAUGGAAUGGUCGAAAAUGGUCCAUUCAGUUUCAAUCAACCUCCUUUGAUGGAGUCGGCACCGAAUUCAGUCACUCGUCGAACUGCGGCACCUAAACCUCGUAAAAACCAACCUAAAGUACUUGAUACCUCGUCGACAGAUGGGAUCCCGCCAGUAGUAGGUAAACACAACAAGACCGAAAGGCGUUAUAGGCAGAAAGUACAAGCUGCUCAAGCAGACUUACGGGAUGCUAUACCAGCUCUAAGAGUUUUGUAUGAUACUUCAUCUGAAGAACAGAAACGUUCCACCGAUUUCCGGGCUCCCGAUGGAACCGUUGACGGACUUGGCGAAGUCACCAGACCUAACGCUAGUGCCAAAGCUACCAUUCUUAUCGGAGCUCGAAUGUAUAUCGAGUUGUUACAAAGGAGAUCGGCGAUGCUUCAAAGGAAAGUCAACGAACUAGAAUCCUUCAGAUUAGCUGUAGCAGGUGAAGAUGAAUUCAGAAGCUGGCAGACUGACUUCGACGGAAGAGAAAGUCAAAUUCAAGCUGCGGCAGACGCAGCUGCAGCUGCCAAAGCCGAAGAAGAUUCUUUGGACGACGACGACGAUGAAAUCGAUGAUGAAGAAGAAGAACAACCCAAAAGGAAGAAAGCUAAAACUGCCGCUGUUCCUAAACAACCUCGAGCUAAGCCCGGUCCCAAAAAGAAGGAUCAACUUGCAUCAAUUGCUCAAAAUGCUGCUGGAGGUGGAUUAAGAGUAUUUGCGGCUUUCGCUGUGUCCUUCUCCUUCCUUCCUUCAGCUUCAAACGUUCUCAAGCAGACCGCCUCCCAGACAUCAUCUGGUGGUCAGAACUUUCCGAGCGGUGUUGUCGCUCAAGCCUCGACAAGUCAGAUAUUAUCAAGAGUUCCCCUCAUAACCGCGGAACAUACCUCUCGACUGUUGGCAAGAGGUUUGCCAGAUCUUAUUGUACCAGCACCUCAUACUUUAGUAGAUUGGACUUGGCGGUUACUCGUAGCUGUUAUACUGGCCGCAUCGUUAGGUCCACUUAUCGCUCGUUGGACCAAAACGGACGAGAAGAAGAAAGCUGGAAACCUAGCUCACAUAGCUAAGGAUUGUAUUAAAUUAGCGAUACCGGUUGGUAAGAAGCAAAAAUUCGUUGAUGAGGAUCAGGUGUAUUGGAACAAGAUAGCCGCUGGCAUCGUUGGUAGAGUGAUCAAGCCAACACCUAUAGAGAGAUGGCACGUGGCCCUCCAUCUACACAACACAGCUUCUAACUCUCACUCUCUCGCCUUACUCGCCCUGCUUCAACUUGACGUGCCGUUCAUCCGGUCGCCGCAGCAGGUAUGGCAAGAAGCCCAAGCUAAGCUUACAUCGUCUACUGCUUUACCUCUUGCCACUGUACUAAGACUACCUUUGUUUGAAGCGUUACGAUGCGCUGAAUCGCUCGAAAAGACUUCAUCACCAAUCGCCGCUAUCGCAGAGCAGAUCACCCUUGUUCACGUUCACGAUCUCUAUGCUCGAUUCUUUGUCCGGUUGGUCGACGCCUCUACUCGGGCUAAGGCGUCUGCUACCUCCAUCGACUCUACAAAGAGCCUGUUGUUCAACCUUGAGUCAUGCGAUAUCGGAUCCUCGUUGAAGACUUCCGCUUUCGACAAAGAGAUUCGAACGGUCAUUGAAGGUCUGCCCAAAGGCUCAGCUGCUCAUGCUCUUGGCUUGAUCCUAAUCGGCUUAUGGGGUAUCUUCAUCAAGCCUACUCCUAGUGCUCAAGUUGCUUUGGCCACUGCUUUGGCAGCUGAAGAAAUCCAAGGUGCUGGCGCUGGAUUGUCCUCGAUUGCAGCAAUGUUAGAACUUUUAUAUCCUGGUUCAAAAGACGUUCUUGCCACUCAUGGUGUUGAUCGAGUCACAAGAGCAAGUCGUUUACCUAGAAAUGCCUUGGCCAUUGAUAAAUUAGCUUUGACCUGUAUUGAUUAUAUCAAAUUUUUGAUCUCGUCGAGUGAAGUAAACGAACCUGGCUUGACUCGAUUACAAAGACUCGAAGCUAGUAAGAAGAUUCAAAAAGAUACAACUCAUUUGAGAUUGGUGUUAACCCAAACGAAAUUUAUUGGAUUCGAAGAAUCAUACUAUAUCCCUGACGAUGAAGAUGAAAGGCUAGAAGAUGUAUCUGAAGAUGAGGAUGAUGAUGCAAGUGGUACACAACAUGGAUACUUGGACAGAGAAUCGAGAAAAUUCGAAAUUGCAAAAGAACGGUUAGUCAAAGUUCUUUAUAGCGUAGGGAGGAGAGCAGCAGGUAGAAUGAAUGGAAGAGACGAAGAUUCAGGCUUGGAAGGUGAUUUAGAUGAUUUGUAA